AUGGGAGUAUUUGGCACAUCUGAGAAAGAAGAAGCUCAACUAAGAGAUGCGGCCUUGUCUGCUCAUCAGCAACAAGGGUCGCUAGAUCAGUCUGGUAGAAGACCUAGCAACACCUCAAACACUUUGUCACACUACGAAACUGCUUCGGAACAUUCAACAUCUGCAAACGACAAUCACAACUAUCCCGAACCCAGCAAAGACUACCAAGACCACUCAGCUGAUCCUGAGACCAAAGUUGCGGUAAAUCUUAAAGAACCUUCUCAGCCAAGUGAGCAAUUUGGCGGACCCCCCGAACACGUUGAUAAAGAUUUUGAUGCUACUGAAACACAUCCUGUUCCUCGCCAAGCUUAUACCCCUCACAAUGAGUCUUACUUGUCCAGCGAAACAGCUUCUGAAGCAGACAUCCAGCCUGUUCCUGUGGAGGAGAAAUUCACACAGGGUGACAGGGACGAAAACCAAUUGAACAGGCAAUAUACUUUAGAGAGAAUCAGAACCCACCGGUCAAUUGAAGACGCAGCUUCGGAACAAAUAAAACAGGUGCUGGGUGGCCGUGUACUCUCUGUGGACGAGUUGGACUGGGAUAGUCCAGAUGACAAGGAUAACCCUCAAAACUGGUCCAAUAUUAAAAAGUGGUGGAUUACUUGGACAGCUGCUGUGAUGUGUCUCGUUUGCUCGUUAGGUUCAUCUAUGUACACUGCUGGUAUACCUGAAUUGAUGAUUCGUUUUGGAGCAUCACAAGAAUUGUGUCUUUCGGGUUUAACAUUUUACUUAAUUGGUUUAGCAAUUGGUCCAGCUCUUGCUGCGCCAUUGUCUGAAACAUAUGGAAGAAAGCCCCUUUACGUUAUUUCCUGGCCUAUUGCCAUGUUGUUCACCAUGGGUGUCGGUUUGUCGCCAAACAUUAGAACAUUGUUGGUACUCCGUUUCUUUUGCGGGUUCUUUUCUAGUCCAGCUUUAUCGAUAGCUGGUGGUACUAUUAGUGAUCUUUGGUCACGAGAACCCUCUGAACAAUCAUUUGCUGUUGCGAUUUUCUGUUUGUGUCCGUUCUUGGGUCCAGUUUUGGGUCCAAUCAUUGGUGGUUUCUCCGCUGAGUACAAGAAUUGGAAGUGGGCAGCAGCAUGGGUAUUGUUGAUGUUUUUUGGUGCAGCUUGGCCAUCUGCCAUUUUGUGCCCGGAAACUUUCAAAAAAACUAUUUUGGCUCGUAGGGCUCGCAAGAGAGGACUCAAUGUUGAAACUGAAACAAUCAAUUGGGCUUAUAUCAAAAGAAUUGUCAAGUUCAACUUGGGAAUGCCCUUGGUCUUGUUGGUGAGAGAACCUAUUGUGUUUUUCUUGUCUUUAUACAUUGCCUUUGUCUUUGCAGUCUUGUUUGCAUUUUUUGAAGCGUUCCCAGUUAUUUUUAGAGGUAAGUAUCAAAUGGAUUUGGGAGUUUCCGGCUUGCCUUUUAUUUCUGUUGGUAUCGGUCUUAUUUUGGGAGUGGCCUUUUAUGUUGUUUUGGACAAGACUAUCUAUUUCCCCAAGAAUCCAGAUGGUACCAGAGGUAAAAGAGAUGAGAAUGGUAAUUUCAUCUGGGAUCCACCUGAGACGAAGUUGUUGGUGGCAAAGAUUGGAGCUUUCUUUCUCCCGAUAUCGCUUUUCUGGUUGGGUUGGACUGGUAGAACUGGUAACAUCCAUUGGCUCGCUCCAACAGCAAGUGGUAUUCCGUUCGGUUUUGGUUUGAUUUUGGUUUUCUUUGCUGUCGUGUUGUACUUUUCCAUGUCGUUCCCACCAAUGAUUGUUGCCUCUUGUAUCGCAGCCAACAACUUGUUGCGUUAUACUUUGGCAUCCGUUUUCCCACUUUUCACUGUACAGUGUUUCGAGAACUUGGGAAUUGGUUGGGCAGGUUCGUUGUUUGGAUUCAUUGCUGUGGUGAUGGUUCCCUUGCCAUUUAUUUUCUCAUACUUUGGUCCACAGUUCAGGGCAAGAAGUAAGUUUGGAUAUGCAGCUUUCUUUAAAAAGUUGGCAGCAGAGAAAGAGGCCAGAGAAAAAGCCCAAGCAGAAUCUGGUGCUAGCUCAGAACCAACAACCAAUCUUGAAAAAGAUGUUGCCAAUGAAGUCUAG